AUGCACUUGGUGCUGUUCAUCUCGACUUUCUGCGGGCAGAGACAGACAGACAGACACAGACAGAAGAAGAGACAGAGCCAGAGGCGCGAGUGCUCCCCCGUGACGCGCCCUCACGUGACACGCUCACCACCCGUCCCGUCUCUCCACCAACUCUCCAUCUCUCACACUCACACUCACUCACAUUCACCAUCACCACCACCACAACUACACCCCCCCACACACACACAUGGCACCCACCCCCCACCGCCCCCCAACAUCCACCCCCCCACCGCCCUCCCCACCCCCGCCGACCUCCACCACGCCCGCACCCUCUCCCAAGCCCGCCUCAAGCAGUCCUGGGAACGCAUCUUCACCCGCUUCAGCCACGACUUUACCGGCAUCGCAGACGAAAUCGAUAACGCCACCGGCGCCCUCCUCGUCGACAACGGCCACCUGCGCAGCCUUGCCGACGCCGACCUCGCCAUGGAACACAACCCCAACGCCGACCACAACUCCGACGACAACUUUAGCACCGACGACGAGGACGACGGCUGCACGCAGUGCGCCGACCGCGACGAACUUGAUAGUACUAACUGCCGCCACGGGCCAACGAGGGAGCAGAUACUCUCCUGGACGCCCGCACACGUACACGCGCACCUUGUUACGCUACGUGGCGCGGGGGGGGUUGAUAGUUGCGAUUUGAGCUUCCAGCUGCAGAAGCAUGAUGUUGACGGGCGCGCGCUGGGGGUGCUGGCACGCGGGGAGAUGGAGACGAAGUUGCGGCUGAGGGGGGCGGGGGCGGUGGGGGUUGUGUGGGGGGAGGUGAGGCGGUUGCAGGGGAUACUGCGUGGUGAGCAGGAGGAGGAAGAGGAACAGGAGGAGGAGGAAGGGGGGGAGGAUGCGUGGGCGCCACCGCCGAGGGAGGCGGAUCCGUUUUAUUGUGCGGCGUGGCGCGACGAGCAUCCGGAUGGGACGCCGGCUGCGUUUCUGGGGAAGCGCCGGCGCGGGGAGGAUACGGGGGCGGGGGGAGUGUGGGUGGGAGGAAGAGGGUUAAGGUUGUGA